AUGUCGACUCAGUCCUCAAUCAUCUGGCCCGAACACUUUAAGCCCGGCACAACAGACAACUUUGUCUCCAACGAACGCAUCGCGAAAGACAUCACAAGCACACAAAUCUGGGCUCUCCUUGCUAACAUCUCUAAAUGGGAGUCAUACUACAAGAACUGCGCAGAGAUCACGGUGCCCUCAUCCGGACCGUUCCUACACAAAUCAGAUGUCUUCAAGUUUAGUACAUUCGGUUUCCCACCCUUGACGUGUUCCGUAGAAGAGUCGGAAGCGCCGGAGAGCAACGGUAGAGCAGGAAGGAUUGCGUGGAGUAGUAUGACUCCAGAGGGAUUGGAGAUCUACCAUGCAUGGCUCGUCGAGGAUUUGGAAGGUCAACGUGUCAGAAUAUUGACACAGGAGAGUCAGAUUGGGCCAGUCUUCAAGGAGUGGGGAGUGCAGAAGCCCAACAAAAUGUUAUUGGGUCACCAAGAUUGGUUAGAUGGGCUGAUUACAGCUGCGAGUGGUGACAGUAUUGGAAACACAAACCUCGAAGCCAUCGAUUUUCCAGUGAGGAAGUAG